UUUAGUACUUGCUAACCGCGGUUAGCUCGACGCCGCUGAUUUACUUCUGGCUUCGUGGCUCAUUGAACUGAUUAGCCCGACGUUUUAUUUUCUCUUCGUCGUUUCACCGCAAAAGUGGGGAAAAAAUGUGGCGUUUAUCAGCGACCCUCGUCGUCGCGCUGCUGCUCAGCCUGAAGGCUUCGGGGAAAUCUGUGAGGGGGGUCUUCAGGAGCGAAGCGGCGAGGCAGGAAAAUGGCCAGUUCAUCACCAAAUUCAUGUACCAAGCAGGUGACGGCGGGCUGCUGGUGUGUCGGCUGGACAACCCAUCCCUGGGAACAGAGAAGGAGGCCAGGCUGCUGCUGUACCAGGACAUGGACUCAGACCUGGACAACCUGAGCUGCUCCCAGCGACUCAGCAGAGCCCAGUUCACCAUUUCCCUCAGCCAGGACGAACACAACCAGACUAUCCCUCGUCAGUCUUCGCCCACAGCCUGGCAGGUGCUGUACGCUGACAGAUACACGUGCGAGGAAAGCUCAGCAACGCCGUCGUUCGCUGACCUCGGCUUCACUCUCCUGCUGUUCAACCCCGACUCUGCUGGGAACCCGCUGGAUCACUUCAGCGCAGAGGAAGCAGGGCUGCACAGUUUCUACUUCCUCCUACUGCUCGCCUACUUCAUCGCCUGCUGCAUCUACUUCCAGCCUCUGUAUCAGGCGCUGAAGAAAGGGGGCCCCAUGCACACGGUCCUCAAGGUGCUGACCAUGGCCCUGGCUCUGCAAGGCUGCUCUGCCCUCUGCAACUACAUUCACCUGGCCAGGUAUUCCAGAGACGGUACUGGGAUCCCCCUGAUGGGCAGCCUGGCAGAGUUCUGGGACAUGGUGUCUCAGGUGUCCAUGCUGUACAUGCUGCUGAGCCUGUGUAUGGGCUGGACUCUGAGUCGAGGCAGGAAGCCGCAGUCCAGACCGCUGCAGUGGGAGCGCUCCCCGGCGUCCACGGCCGUCGCUGUCGGCGGCGUGGUCACACAGGGGGUCCUGCUGCUGUGGGAGCAGUACUCUGAGUCAGAGAGCGAACACCACAGUUAUCACGCCCAACGAAGCCUAGCAGGUCUCCUCCUCCUGGCUCUGAGAGUGGCGCUGUCCCUCCUGCUGGCCUCCGUCCUCUACCAGAUCGUCUCCACAGAGAGGAGCACCCUGAAGAGAGACUUCUACCUCUGCUUUGCUAAGGGCUGCUUCCUGUGGUUCCUUUGUCACCCCGUCCUCGUCCUCAUGUCUGUGGUCUUCAACGACCACCAGAGGGAAAAGGUCAUCACCAUCGGCGUGAUCCUCUGUCAGUCCAUCUCCAUGGUGAUCCUCUACCAGCUCUUCCUGUCCCGCUCGCUCUACUGGGAGGUGUCCUCCCUCUCCUCUGUGUCUUUGCCGCUCACCAUGUCCAGAACGAACCACAGGGGGCGCCUAUGAGCACAGAUACCGAGGUUACGGUGAGAACUGAAGCGUCUCUGUCAGACGCAGCAGGAGAUGUCCCCCUGCACCGUCCUCUGUCCCACAUUAGAGCUACCACUGAGCCGUGGACAGAGGACAGUACUUACUGCAACAUACUACCUCUGACUUCUAACUGGAGCCUCUGGGAUGCAAAAUGCAUGGCCAAGCAUGCAUCAGCUGGCGAGGUAGACGUCAGCAGAAAACCAUGAUGAAGAACUUGAGAAAGUGAAAAAUUACAAUUAGAUUGUUUUUAAAGGCUUUACCUGCAAAUCGCUGAGUCAGCCACGAUUGGGGCAGUCUGCAUGUAGAUAGGCUUCCCCGCAACAGUUUUCAUUCCCCUUUGACCACAAGCUUGAGCUUAUUUUAUUAGCAUUUUAUGUGAUAGACCAACAUGAAUUAAAGUGGAAGGACAAAAACAUGAUGUUCAGGGGUCAGUUUCAGUUUCCCAAUAAGCAAAACUUCAAUUCUGGUCUCACCUGAGGCCUUCACAGAACAUCUGGAUUUAUUCUGAAAUGUAAUUACAAAUUAAUGGAUGCUGUUUACUAAUUGCUAGUAAAGACAGUGGAUUGUAUUCCAGGGUAUCAUCAGGGUUAAGGGAGAUGAAAACAAAUGUACGCCACUUCUAUGUUGGUGUGCAAUAAAUUUUUAGGUGAUUUUUAUUGCGUUCUAGCUAAACUCCUCUUUUUCCUAAUGAAAUCCUAAUAAAAUGUGGUUCUAGUGUGAGUAUUCAAGAGGAAAAAGAAAUCUCCAAUACUGACGUUUUUCCUCUCAAAAUUCAGACUUGUAGCGUAAAAUUCUAACUUAAAUCAUAGAAUGUCAGAAGUCUGACUUUUAUUUCUAGAUUUUUUUCCAGAUUUCUGUCAUUAAUGUGAGAAUUUUUUAUUAUUAUUUUUUUUAUUCUACACUGAAUCUCAGAAUUCUAACUUUUUCUCUGAGGAUUCUGAUGUCAGAACUAUUUUUGUCUCCACAAGAUUAGAGACUUUGAGAGAAAUUAAAGCAGCAUGAGUCUUUGCAUAGCCAAAGUGAUUUUUAUGUUAUGAUUAUUUCUGUCACAAAAGCUGUACUGUUAUGUAACUGUCAACGUAAAUGUCGAGCUGACAGCAUGUGAGGUGCAAACCAUUGAAACGACAUUAACUCUGUAGCUGCAGCGAACUGCAUGACUCUGAAUGGGCAGAAAUGGUGAAUUUUCUAAAAAAAAUCAUUUUUACAAGAGCUCCACUGUGUAAAUACAUUCCUGUGAUUUUUUGUUUACUUCUGUCAUCGGGCUAAAUCUGACUUACGUUAAGUGUCAAAACAAAACAGAGGACGGUGGGAUCAUAUAAUUUGAAAAACAAACAUGCAGAACAGGUGCCAAGAAAGAAACUGACCUAUUUAUUUAUCUGUUUGUUUAUUUUUUAAGUGAUUUUAAAAAAGAAAAGAAAAAAAAAGAGGCAGCAUCCAACACCACUACUUCUCAUUCUGUUUGGUCAGAGGCGAUAUUUAAAAAUAUACUUGAAUGUAAAGCCUUCGUCAGCUGUUAUAAAUGCGCAAAAUGAUAUCAGCUCAUAUUGCUUUGCACUGAAACAGUGCAUGUGUCAAACGUUGCGUUAUGUUUUGUAUUGCAGCACAGAGACAAUCUAAUAUUUAGUGGAUUAUGUAAUUAUUCAAACUUGAAUGUCCAUAAUUUAUGUCACUUGUGGAAAUAAAACGAGCAAACGUGGCAACUGUAACGAGUUCACUGGAAUUGGUUCAUUUAAAAAAUUGAAAACUGUAAACACUUUUCUAUUAAUAUGGCCGUGGAGACCACAUGGUGAGGAGCUGCAGAGACUCUGCUCAGGUGGGAUCCUGCAUGCUGUUAUGAGACACAAGUCACUAUUUUUGCUUUUCGAAAAGCAUCCAAUUUAAUAUAUUUUCUUAUUCCGUAAAUUUGUCUUAAAUAGUUACCAUAAACAUCAAUUUAAUG